CGCUGCUGCUGAACGCGCGAGGCCUGCGCCGCUGUGAACAACCAACUCGUCAACAACCAACUCGUCAACAACCAACUCGACAACAACCGAAUCGUCAACAACCAACUCAACAACAACAACCAACUCAACAACAACAACCAAUUCAACAACAACCAACUCAACAACAACAACCAACUCAACAACAACCAACUCAACAACAACCAACUCAACAACAACCAACUCAACCAACACAUCAACAACCAACUCGACAACAACCAACUCAACAACAACCAACUCAACAACAACCAACUCAACAACCAACUCAGCAACAACCAACUCAACCAACACAUCAACAACCAACUCGACAACAACCAACUCAACACCAACCAACUCGUCAACAACCAACUCAACCAACAACCAACUCAACCAACAACCAACUCGACAACCACCAACUCAACAACCAACUCAACAACCAACUCAUCAACAACCAACUCAACAACAACCAACUCGACAACAACCAAGCCAACAACAACCAACUCAACAACCAACUCAGCAACAACCAACAACAACAACCAACUCGACAACAACCAAGACAACAACAACCAACUCAGCAACAACUCGACAACAACCAACUCAGCAACAACCAACAACAACCACGGACGGACUCACGUUGGGCUGCACAAGUUAUAAUGGAUCAGGAAAGUGAAGGUGCCCUCUCCCAUCUUCGUGCGAGUGAAGAGGCCAUCAACUUCCUCGCCUCCAUCGGUACGAACACUGGAUAUAAGCUCCUUAAAUAAACCACAGGAACUGAGCCGCUGCCUGUUUGGGGACGAGCUGAUGACCAUGUCACGGGACGGCACGCACCUGGGCGAAUUCAGGAUGCGAGUUUACUCUGCGCCAUACCGCGAACACCCCGACAGUGGCGGAGGCACGCGCUUCCUCGUGCACGCCACCAGCAAGGGAGCCAUCAACGACAUUCCAUGCGGCACAACCGUGUGUGCAUAUGUCACCACCAAUCUUGCGACACUGGAACAACACCAUCAUGAAUAUCUUGAGCUGAAUGAGCAAGCCCUGGACAGGAAGGUGGAACUGGUGUGGCAAGAAGAGUCACUACUUGUGAACAAGGUCGUGACUGAGGGAGAGGAGGUACUACGGGAGUCUGUGCGCCUGGAGAUGAGCCAUCUGGCCGGCUUUCUUUCGGAGGCAUCGUGCCUUCUUCUAACCAGGCUGUUGACACGGCGCGCACACGUACCCCAUGACCUCACCUUCCUGUGCCUCGACUCCGAGUCCUGCCUUGCGACCUGCACAUUCAGAUCCUUGGGUACAGAAGAGCUGAGCGUUGGCGAGGAAAAGGUGGAAGUGUUUGGAAUCGAAAGGACGCUCUACUCUCAGACAGCUCCACCAACCACGUGGCAUAGCUAUUAUUUAAGAGAUGGGCAUCUGGUGAGGCGUGAGCAAGUGGGCUCACCAACCACCAUGAUGAUUGUACGCCUACCCGUACAAACACCUGCAGCAGAGGAGGCUGAGGAGAAGGAGGAGGGUGGCACUGAUUCUGGGGUGGAGCAGCAGACACUGAAUUGGGAGGAAGACAUGCAGAUGUACUCCCAUUUCCUCGACAGAAAGGAGGAGCUACUCUCAGAGCAUGCGGAGUAUGCAAGGGCCCACCCUGAGCUGCGGGCUUUGCUCGGCGACUUCCUGCAGUACCUGCUGCUCCGUAAGCCGGCUGACCCUGUGGCCUGCGCCGCGCCCUACUUUGCCUCCUUCUCGGCACUGGAACGCGACAUUCCCAGCACUCGCAGCCCUCCCACCCCUCAGUUCACCACCGAUGCCACUGCUGCCGCAUCACCAGGGGAUGGGGUUGCUUAGCAUCCACGCAUUAGCGCUGCCAAAGCAAUUCUUACAAAAUGACUGCGCCUGUUUACAAUUGCAACACAAUGCCCCAUAACUCAACAAUAGGCGUGUUUACAAUUUUUUUUUACAAUUGAAACAAUCCACAUAUUUCAGGCAGUACGUAAACAUUCUGUAGUUGACUCAGGCCAAUUGCUGAUGUAAUUUUACAUGUAUGUUAUAUACUAUACUGUACAUUCAACCAUUUGUUUAGUUGAAAAUCUAAUUCCACAUCAUCUUUUGCGAAAUACAGUAAAAGUAGGCUUACGGGAGUGAAAUGUAAUACGAUGCAGUACUUAUUUGUCUGAUGUACAGGUGUAUAUUUACAAAAGAUAUAAAGCCUUUGUUGUUAUUUUGGUGAAAUUCAUUACUUGUUGGCCAAAUGUUCACAAUGCAAACUCCUGUAUUCAGAAGAUCCAUUAUUCAAGAUUUUUAUUGGACACAUUUCAGAAAGCACAUGGAAUGUGGGCUGUAACCCAUCUGCAAUGGAUUGUUGCCUCUUUCCACCAUCUGGCCAGUGUACAAUUGAUACCUUGGGUUACUGGACAAACAUGGUAAUAUAUAUUUGAUUUAAUGCUUACAGUAAAUGUGUAAAUACAAUAUAUUAACAUCUACAUUGGUUAUUAAGCCGACAGAUUUAGACAUUAAAUAUCUGCUGACAUGUCUACACGCAUAAUAAAGUCUUGUUAAAACAUUC